AUGGCGAGUCACGCAUCAGCGUCAGCGUCAGCAUCAGCGUCAGCAUCGACACAUGCGGUGGGUGCAGUAGACGCUGGGUUACCGUCGGGGCGCUCACGCCUAGCGCACAUGCCAGCGCUGCUCUACGGUACGGCGUGGAAGGGCGACUACACAUGCGAUCUGGUCAUCCUGGCGCUCUCUCACGGCUUUCGAGGCAUCGACACCGCCGGUCAACGCAAACACUACCGCGAAGACCAUGUAGGCCAAGCGCUCGCCACGGCACAGUCCGAGAUGCAGCUCGAUCGACGCGAUGUAUGGGUGCAGUCCAAAUUCACGCCUCGUUCAGGCCAGGAUUGGACACAUCCAGAGCUCAUCCCUUUCGACGAGGACGAGGAUGUAUCGGUCCAGGUGCGCAAGAGCUUUGCGGCGAGUCUGAGGAACCUGCAUCCGUGGCUGCAGUUUGAACCGCUCGAAAGCGUUGCAGCCAAGAUUGUCCAGAACCACAACGACCACAGCAUCAGCGCUGACAAUCUCGAUGCCGGGGUCGAAUACGGCGAUAAGAACGCCGAAGCGUAUCUGGACAGCUACGUGCUUCACUCUCCACUCACCACGUUGGACCGCACGUUGAAGGUGUGGGCGACAAUGGAGUCGUUUGUCCAGCUAGGUCUCGUGCGUCAGAUUGGGUUGAGCAACGUGUAUGAUCCCGACAUUUUCCAAGCGAUUGCGCGGACCACGCGGAUUGCGCCGAGCAUAGUGCAAAACCGCUGGCACUACACCACAGGCCACGACGUAGCGCUCCUCUCGCUCCUCUCGCCGACCCUCAGCCCGAACGACUACACCGACGAUCGCGAGCCUGUAAUCUACCAGCCCUUUUGGUCGCUCACCGGCAAUCCGAAUCUGCUCUCCUCGCUCCCAGUGCAAGACCUAGCAAUCCAAAAGCGCUGGACCCCGCAACAAACCGUCUACGCCUUCCUCGCAAGUGGCAUGAACAUCCCCGGUCUCAAAGUCACCGUGCUCUCCGGCACAAACGACGAACAACACAUGGUCGAAGCCGUAACCGCCGUCCAACAAGCCCACAACAAAGACACCUGGCAACCAGGUGAAUUGGAUCGCAUCCGACGCGUCGUCUAUGGCGAGUAG